ACUCACCCACUACUGGACUAGUCUACGGGCUGGUGAGACUAUUACACUACAGAUUGAUGGACUUACUAAUUUGCUGACUGAUUCAAGGAGUUAAGACUGGCGGUUCGGUGAUCGAGCGAAGGCUUGGUUCCUCCCUCGCUGUACCGAGGGAAGCCUUUCCCACUUCAUCUCUUAUAUAUAUAUAUUAUUAUAUAAUGUAGAUGAUGAUUGAUUGAAGGGGGAGACUUUAACACUAUUAGAUUCCCGGAUGAGAGAUUAGGGUGUCACAUGAUUUCGAGGGCCAUGGAGGAGUUUUCUGACUUCAUCAAUGAUCACUGUCUCAUUGAUCUUCCUCUGUCAGGGGAAAGGUUUACUUGGGCCAGGGCGGAGGAUUCAAACUCAAGGUCUAGACUUGAUAGAUUCCUGAUAUCGCCCUCAUUGGAUGAGUUGGUGCCGAAUGUGCUGCAGAUUCCUUUACCUAGGCUGACUUCGGAUCAUUUGCCUAUCUUGCUAGAUGGAUGCAGAGGUAGGGGGUGCGUGCUCCCUUCCGAUUCGAGAACAUGUGGUUGAAAGUGCCAGGAUUUGAUGACAAAGUGAAAGAAUGGUGGACAAGCUACGGGGUAUCAGGGUCACCCUCAUUCCGUCUUUCGAAGAAACUCAAAUUGCUUAAGGGAGAUACUAUUAGGUGGAAUAAGGAGGUUUUUGGGAGGGUAGAGGUUAAAAUGAGGGAGCUUAUACAUGAAUUGAGGGAUUUACAGAGAGGGGAAGGGGCGAGGGAGCUAGAUGAAUCUGAGAAAGCGAGAUUGGGGGAGGUUAAGAGUGAAAUAAUCGAGUUAGUAAUAGCUCAGGAGACUAGUUGGCGGCAAAAAUCUAGGGCGCUCUGGUUAAAUGAGGGGGAUUCAAAUACCAAGUUUUUCCACAGGGUUGCGGUUGCAAAUCGAAGGAGAAACUUCAUAGAGUCCUUAGUUGUGCAUGGGUGAGGAUUGAGGGAGAAGAGGAGGUAAAAGGGGCGAUAGUGGGGUUUUAUGAGAACUUAUACAAAGAGGAAGUUAGUUGGAGGCCU